AUGUCUUUCUUUGGUUUCAAUACCAACCUACCUCGGGAUCGCGAUGGUCCUGGGGCUAGGGGGUUCUUCGAAAACCCAGACCCCUUUGCGGAAGUCGCCAGAGCUAACGCGUUCGAGGAUGACGAUGUCAUCGACUUCGAGGAUACCUACGACGGCUUGGGAGACCAGCUGCCCGACGAUCAGGAUGAGUUCAACGAUGACACGUUUGGCGGAGCUCCCGAUACAUCGGUUGGAAGAGACUUUGAUUUCUUUGGGAAAACCGCUCAGGUGUCCGACGCGAUUGGCGAGGAGCAGGUUCGCUUUAGUCUGCAGCACCCCAAUGCUCCCCGAGUCGCGCCCCAGGCCCAAGUUCCCGUCCAGCAGGCCCCCGCCGUGGAGACCGUCAAGCGCUCGGGGUAUGAGAAGUACUCAGAUCCCGGGUACAUUCCGGAUCUGCAAGCCAAAUCCAGUGUCUGGGGCGUUUCACAGAAGAAGACCGAGCCAGCACCGAGCCGGAAAAUGAUGAGCUUGGAGGAGGUUGAGGCGCAGAUGCGUCAACACCCUCAACAUGCGAGUCCAGCUGCUCAGGCCUUUUUGCGCUCCAUGGUGGAGCCUGCCUAUCCUCCCCAGCACCAACAUCUCCCAACUCUCCCCGAUGGGUUCCCCCCGGUGCCUCCGGAGUUCCUGCAGGCACAGUUGAAACAAGGCCACCUACCCCCACAGAUGCACCCACCGCCUGGUAUGCCGGAGCUCUAUGGCCCUGGACCCGUUCCCGCUGGUGGGGCCCUGCACAUGAUGCAGAACGCCAAUCUCCCCCCGCAACACAUGCCGCCUGCUGGCCCACGCCAUGCCGGUCCGCCCCAGGUCCAACGCCCUCCACAACCCCAGCAACCUCAGCCCCAGCAGGUACCGCCCCCCUCUCGGGGUUCCAACAAUGGAAUGCCAGUGAUUACCAACCCACAGCAGCUUAUGCAUCUGACGGAAGACCAGCGUAACGCUUACCUGGUGGAGGAUGCCAAGCGGGCGAAGCGCAACCAUAAGAUCUUCCUCUUGUCACGAGGCAAUGGCCUGAUGACACCGCAGGAUAAGAACUUCAUCACCCGCAUUCAACUGCAACAGCUUGUGGCGGCUGCUGGAAAUGUCGCAGACUCGGACCCCGAGGCCGUACUGGCCGAGGACUUCUACUACCAGGUCUACAGCCAGAUCCGUGGUGCACCGCGCCAACACCCCCACCAGCCUCUUGGUCACUUUGCUCAGACCUACCUCCUUCAAACGGGUAACCGACUUGGUGGACACGGCCGACGGAACUUCCAAUCUGCCGACAACCACAUGCAGCGGAUGCAACAGCAAGUUCAGCGUGCGGUUGAGGCGGCCAAGGCUAAGCCCAAGAAUAAGCAACUCAUCAUUGAGGGUAGUUUGGGCAAGAUCGCCUUCAGCAACGCCAAGGCACCCAAGCCCAUGCUGAACAUCAAGCGCCCUGAUAGCUCAGAGGGAGCCAAGCCCAAAAAGCUGCACUCUAAUCUGAGUCUUAGUGACCGCAAGUCGAUUCUCACCAACCUUGAAGGUGUUUACAGUGCAUUGAUGGCCAUGGAGGAUAUGGAGCGCACGAUGCCCCCACCCCCUGAGGAGGGCGAUGCCGAGGCGAUCCAAGAACACAUGGAAUGGAGACAGAAGCUUCACUCGCUGAACCAGAAGCUCUGGCGCUCAUUGAAAGUGAUGGAACCCAUUGUGCCCAACUCGACGACACCACACCCCUUCAUCGCGUUCUUGUCAUACCCCAAAGGCAAGAAGGCGAUUCCUCGCAUCUUCCGCCACAUUGACCAGGAACAGCGCGUCACUAUCCUUACCAUGAUUGUCGUUCACCUGGACAGCCUUGAUGUGGUCCACCAUGCUCAGCCCGUCCCCGGCGAGGCUCAGCCAUCGCUUGCUGUGCGCGAAGCCAUUGACUUGUUCUCCCUGGCUGUCAUGCCUUGCUUAUUGGGCUACGUCAACGAGGCGCCAUUCAACAUCAUCAUUGGUCUUUUGGGACUGGUUAUCAACCAAACCCACGUGCACACCGUGGCUCGGACUAAGGUUGGACUGGGCAUUCUGACGAUGUUGCUCAGUCGCGCCGAAAUUGUCAAGGAGGCCGGCCAGGCUUCCGAGCACGAUUGGCAGCAGUGGGUGGAGAAGUUCAACGUGCUCUUCGAUACUUUGGAGCCGGGCUUGAACGAUAUCUUCCCUGGCACGAUCAGUUCUGGAGAUGACAUGUACGUGUGGCAGUUCCUUGCUGCCGUGGGUAUUGGCGCCAGCCCUGAGCAGCAGCAGCGCUUAGUUAUCGCCGUCAAGGAUCGUGUCAUGGAGACUGUCGGCUACAGCAAGACCCUACCUGCCGACAUGGGUAGCCAGCGCCUGAGCAACGUCAACCUUUUCAUGCGUGCUAUCGGUUUGGAUGUUGAGCUCCUUGGUUGA